AUGGGCGAGUUAGUUCUGCUGGAGCCCGGGCGUAAGGUGAACGAAUGGGUGAUCGAGAAGAAGCUGGGCGAGGGCGCCUUCGGUGCCGUCUACCGCUGCAACAAUGGAAAAGGCGACUUGUUUGCCCUCAAGGUCGAAGGCAAGAACGAGGCGAUCCAGCUGCUCAAGCUCGAGGUGUACGUGCUCAACGACUUGGGCAAGGCCGGCGGCCGGCAUUUCUGCAAAAUUGAGGACAAGUACGCGCCGGUGGCCUGCCACAUGAACCGCGAGCAGUGCCGACUGGACGACUGCGAGACGUGGCUGUACAUGCUCGUCGAGCUGACGAAGGGCACGCUGCCGUGGCGUAACAUGAAGGACAUUCGCGAGAUUGGUGACGCGAAGCGCGGCGUGCGGAUGAGCGAGCUGGGCCUGAAGCAGCUGUUCGGCGGCUGCCCGCGCGAGUACAUUGAUGUGCUGAGGGUGAUCGACGGGGCGAAAUUCUUCGACGAGCCCGACUACGCCAAGAUGUACAACCUGCUGCGCCAGGGGAUGCGCAGCACCAACGCGAGGGAAUACCCGUACGACUGGGAGGAGUUCCUGAUGCGCCAGAUGGAGGAGGAGAAGAAAAAGAAGGAGAAGGGCGAGGGGUCGGCCAAGGCGCCCAAGAAGGAGAAGAACGAGGAGGACAAGCAAGCCGCCGAGGCGAAGAAGCAGGCCAUCCUCGACCAGCAGGAGGAGGACAAGAAGAACAAGGACAAGAAGAAGGACGACAAGAAAGACGACAAAAAGGACGAGAAAAAAGACGAGAAAAAGGAGGACAAGAAGGAUGAGAAGAAGGAGGACAAGAAA